AGGUUUUUCGCAUCUGGCUCGCAAUCUGUAGGACUCAUCUAAGCGCUUUCAUAAGCGCUUAACCCGUUGCAAGCAGGUUCUUUCAACGUCUCAGAUACCUUAUCAUUCUUAGCGAUGUCACCGGAAACCGCAAAGCGGCAUAGAACUCCCUCCAUUGAACGUCUGCCACAACCACCAUCCUCAGACGACGACGAAGAACCGCUCUCCAAACGCCGGAGAACUGCCAGCGAUGAUGUUAUCAAAGCACCAGAUAGUUUGUUUGCUGGGGCGGAGGCCAGCCCUACCUUAAGCAGUAAACCCAAACGAAGUAGAAGUGGUACACCAGAACCCGCGAGGCGCAUGUCCUCCUCCUCGGAAGAGGACGAGGCGCCACUAUCGAAACGCCGUCGAAUGGGUCAGCAAAUAUUCAGCUCCCAAGAGACUCCUGCCAGUGACACACCUACAAAUACCCCUGCUCAAAGUGGAAGAACGUUGGCUAAUCAGAGUAUUGGUGUACAAGGAGAGGCGGAUGAAAACGGGGAUGUGGCAAAUGGUGACACAGCAUCAGCGCUCACAACGGGCGAAGUACCACCGAAGCUGCCAAGUCCAUUGAUUGCCCCAACAACACUUGUGGAUGAUAUUCAAGAUGGUGUCCAACCCGCACCAGAAAAAUUUAACGAGGUCCGCUCCGCGAAAUACAAGCGAAUCUUAGAGGAAGAGCAGUCUGGAUUCGUGAGUUUUAAGCUGGCGCACAAUGAUGGCCGCAAGGAGAAUCUUGUUCUGCUGUCAAGACUCAAAGCCGUCAUUCAAGCUCAAUUGCCGAAAAUGCCAAGAGAGUAUAUCGCUCGCGUGGUGUAUUCAAGGGAGCACUUUAGCUACGUCGUUGUCCGAGCCAAUCGUGAGGUGAUCGGAGGUAUCACGUUUCGACCCUUCGAAGCACGGAAGUUUGCUGAAAUUGUGUUCUUGGCUGUAUUGAGUGGCAAUCAAACUUCGGGAUAUGGGGCACGUCUUAUGGCCCAUUUCAAAGACUACGUACGUGAUACCUUUGGCGUGCAACAUCUCCUCACCUACGCCGACAAUUUUGCUAUCGGGUUUUUUAAGAAGCAGGGCUUCACUUCGGAGAUAACCCUCGAGAAAGCAAUCUGGGUCGGAUAUAUAAAAGAUUAUGAAGGUGCCACUCUCCUCCAAUGCACAUUUUUCCCCAAGGUCCGGUAUCUUGAAAUUUAUACCAUAUAUGCGGCGCAUCGAAAGGCUGUGUUCCAAAAGAUAAAAGAAAUAUCCCAGUCGCACAUUGUGUACCCCGGCUUGGAUGCAUUUAAAAAGGGCGCAACGCAUGUCAAUCCCCAGGACAUCCCUGGACUUCAGGAGGCAGGCUGGACGCCCGAUAUUGAAGAAAAAAUACGAGGCUCAGACGACACCAAAAGUCCAAUGUAUUAUAUGCUGAGCCAACUACUUGGUGAGCUUAGAGAGAACCAGAAUGCUUGGCCCUUUACAGAGCCUGUAUCUGGAGUACCUGACUAUUAUGAUAUAAUUAAGCAUCCAAUGGACUUGCGAACAAUGGGCGAGCAUCUGGAGGAUGGGAAAUAUCAAUCUAUAGCUGAAUUCGAGGCUGAAUUCGCAUUGAUUGUUCAGAAUUGUAAAAUUUAUAACGAGGACCACACGCCGUACGUCAAGUGGUGAGUGCCUACCGGACGACCUAGACAUGGUUGAUAUGCAGCUCAUACUUUCCAUUAGCGCAAAUCGGCUGGAGAAGUUCUGCAAAGAGCGGAUACGACAGUUGGCCGCGGAUUAUGGCAUUCCUGUCACAUGAGCUCAACUGUCAUUUGUCUGAUACUGUCCUUUGAAAUAGCUACAUUGGCCGGUUCUUCCGGCCAAUUGAUUUUUUGUACUAUAUUUUGUCUUGUCCAUACAUCCCGCUUCGAUAGCAGGAAAAAUAUCAUUGGGAUUCGACUGGUUCGUUUCAAAAUAUUAUUAUUCUUCAGUGUC